UGCUAGUACUGCUAACCAGGAUCUAAACUCGAAUCAACUACAGAUAGCUUUAGCAUCUCAGUUACAUGAUAAAACCACCUACACAUUGCCCAUUCAUCAACAUGACUUGUCUUCAUUAUCCUGUCACCAUACCGUAAAACGCAUUCAAAAUGCAUCUUUAACCCCUCAUAUACAGCCCUCUGCUAUACCUCAAGAUUCGCUGUUCCCAAAUGUGCCCAACUACCGUAUUGUGGCUGCUCUUGGAAGAGGUGCAUUCAGUACCGUAUACAAGGCUAACAACAUCACAAAUGGUCAUACUGUGGCACUCAAGUUGAUCAAUAAAGCUCCCUUGUCUCCUACACAGGAAACGGCCAUUCAUAGAGAAACCCUGCUACUUGGAAGCCUGUCGCAUCCCAAUCUUAUCCGACUUCUUGACUACCAUGACUCUCCGCAAUACCUAACGAUUGUUACAGAACUCAUUGAAGGAGGCGAGCUUUUUCACAAACUUGUUGCGAUGGGAUCUAUGCCCGAGCACUCGACACGAUUUAUUAUGAAGCAGGUCGCUUUGGGCAUCAAGUACUUGCAUCUUGAACGAGGCAUUGUUCAUCGUGAUAUCAAGCUUGAAAAUCUACUGUAUGUGCCAUAUGAUCCACAGAGUGGUGUUGAGGAUUUAUCUGGUUGUGGUAUCACUCAUGUCAAGAUUGCCGAUUUUGGACUGGCUAAAGUAGUCUUCGAUACUACUACUCAGACUCCUUGUGGCACAUUUGAAUAUUCCGCUCCAGAAAUUUUCAGGGACGAGUACUACUCCAAAAGCGUUGAUUUGUGGGCUUUAGGCUGCGUUCUUUAUACUUUACUUUGUGGAUAUCCGCCAUUCUACGGUGAGAAUCUCCAAGUAUUAGCUAAUAGAGUUCGCUACGGUAGGUUUCAAUUUCAAAGCCCUUGGUGGGAUUCAAUUUCGUUCGAGGCCAAAAAUUUGGUGUGCGGACUGCUGGAGGUUAAUCCCAAAAAACGAUUAGAUAUCCGUGCCUUUCUCCGCCAUCCGUGGAUGUUGGGCUACCAUCAGCAGCAAAACCCCUAUAUUUCAUCGGCAUCUACUGGCCCACUUUCCUCUGCCAAAAGUGCUACUCUAGUGCCAUCCACAUACAAUAUAUCUACUGCUAACGACAUGUCUGUCGUUUCUGCUCCGGCCGAUACUGCCAUUUUAACUACUUUGCCCAUCAGUGACAUUACCGUUUCUGCACAAGGCAUGACCAAUACCGUGGCGCUUACCAGACCACGAGAUACUACUGUAUCAAUGAGUGGUCUGUCUAAUUUAUUAAACAUACCAAAACAGCAAUAUCACCCCGAGUGUGAAGUUGGUCGCACUGAGCCUGAAAUCUUGGGUGGACAAUCGUCGACUAUAACUCCCUGGAACCCCCAAGCAGUUGAUCGAGUGCAUGACACAUUUCUACCAAUCGAAAAUUCAUCUGCAGUCAGUUCUG